AUUUUCAUUUGAAAUAUUCGAAAUAGAACGCUUAUUUUCCGCAAUUUUUGCGCAGACAAUCGUACGAAAUGUCCAGUUUACAACGUACAAUGCUUAAGUCCAAGUUGCCACCCACAAUUCCGGGUGGUCGCAUUGGUAGAGCCGACUCCUUUAAGAAGUCACGAAUACGGGAUUACAAGCCAUGCAUGUGGAACGAAUUCUUUGCCGAAAAGGAAGAUGUAAUCGUGGAUGGGCAACGCAAAUUUCGCGUUUAUCGCACCAAAAAGCCCGAGAAACCGGGCCCCGUCUUACUAUUGUUACAUGGAGGGGGAUAUUCGGCGCUUACCUGGGCGCACUUCUGUUCGGAGGUGACGAGCAUGAUACACUGCCAGUGCCUGUGCGUUGACCUUCGGGGACACGGCGACAGCAAAGUGGAUGACGAGGACGACUUGUCGGCCGACACUUUGUCAAAGGACAUUGGUGAUUUGGUGGCGAAACUGUAUCCCGAGGAGGUGCCACAAAUAUAUGUGGUUGGCCAUUCAAUGGGCGGGGCAAUUGCUGUGCACUUCGCCCAUAUGGCUUUGGUGCCGAGUCUGAUCGGCAUCACAGUCAUCGAUGUUGUCGAGGGCACGGCCAUGGAAGCUUUGGCCAGCAUGCAGAGCUUUUUGCGCUCGCGUCCAAAGUAUUUUCAGAGUAUACCAAAUGCCAUCGAAUGGUGCAUACGCAGCGGUCAAGUCCGUAAUGUGGACAGUGCCAAAGUCUCAAUGCCAGGGCAGAUAAUCAACUGCACAACGAAUCAACUCGCAACGAAUGAUCUUCCCUUGCCAGAUGAAGUGCUCGAAGAGGCGCAUCACACUAGUAUGUUUCCCAAUGCGUUUAGUAUUUCCGAGGACGAAGAGGUUGGUAAUUCCGGCGAGGAUGGCGCCGAAAGCACGGAUUUUAAGAAACCCAUUACCACCAAGGCAGCUACGGAUGCGGCCAAAAAUUACACUUGGCGUAUAGAUCUUGCCAAAUCAGAAAAGUAUUGGGUCGGCUGGUUCUCGGGUCUCAGCGACAAGUUCCUGAAUUUGCGAUUGCCCAAACAGUUGUUGCUAGCCAGCAUCGAUGGACUUGAUCGCACCCUUACCGUUGGCCAAAUGCAGGGCCGCUUCCAAAUGCAAGUCUUAGCCCGCUGUGGCCAUGCCGUACACGAGGACCGUCCACACGAGGUUGCCGAAGUCAUCAGUGGUUAUUUGAUACGAAAUCGUUUCGCUGAAGCUGCUGGCGAAUUUCGCUGUCACAUGCCAUCCUGUUGAGCAGACAUCCUUGUACAGUUGUAGCACAAAAAUAUAUCUAUUUUUGAGUGGAGCAUUACAGUUGCAUAUAGUAUAUAUUAUAUAUACACAACACACAAAAACCACAUAGAGCAUAGGACAGAUGAUAUUCUCUAGCCGUAUUAUCUAUAUACGUAUAUACACAUAUAUAAAUAUAAUCCACUAAUUUAUUCGAUUACUUAAACAAA